UUUCAGCUGCUCUUUUUUUACAACCUGAUUUUUAUGAAUGAAUGCAGCUACAGCGAAAAAAACAAAAACCGCAACAAAAGAGCGAGAUAGCGCGAGUCGCGUGCACAGGAGCGAAAUCGCUGGGGAAUCGGAGGGGCGCCCAAAAAAGCAGGGGUCGGGAAAAGCGGACAGUUGUGCAGUGUUGAAAAGUCAAACUAAAUUCAAAAUCGGCUAAAAGAAAAGUGCUUAAAGUCACAUUAACAAACCCACAAAACAAAUCCAAAAAGGGAAAUCCUUCGAAUAAUAACCCUCAGUGUUUCAAAAGUGUUCAAAUUUUACAAUUGUGUCAUCGCAUCUAUAAAAUCAGCGACUGUUUCUCCAUCAUCGUGAUUUUCCAAUAAAAAUAGAAGAAAAACGUUACAAGCGACACUGGCCAGCAGAGUCAAGGUUGUGCAGCUGAAGGGAGAAGAAGCCACUGCAGCAGCCGCAUAAAUUCAAGAAGAAUACCAACUGCAGCAGCAACACCAUUUAAUUUACAGCAGCAGCACUGGAGCAAGCUGCAACUUCAGCUAUUGACACAGCAGCAACAUCCAUAUACGAAAGCUAAACCACAUUACCAAAUUCUUGUGGAAUCAUCUACAGCAGCAACAUCUACAUAUAUUGCUACAGCCUCAGAGAAAGCGGCAUUAACCAGCAGCAACAUCACAUUGGCUUGGUCCGUCCAUGGGCGCCGCGGCAAACAAAGUCCGGUGAAAAUGGACAAAGGCCGUGCGAGGCUGCCGCCGAAUUAGCAGAGAAGCCGGAAAAUCCACACACGGACGGGCAGUGCAAAUAUUUGCCAGGCUCCCACAAAGAGCAGGACACACACGACAAAGGAGUCCAGAAAAGGGAAAAGGGAAGGCAUUUGUGCGACAAUAGCCAAGGAAUUAGCCACAAAAGAAGGAGCAGCCGGGUCCAUUAAGACAACUAAGCCAAUAGAACGAGAACAGCCCCAUCGGAGCCCGUCAGAGCCCAUCAGAUCCCAUCCCGGCUAGACGAGGUCCACUUAAAUGACCGAAUCCACCCAGCUGCAGACGGCGGAGAACAACAACGCGGGCGUGGUCAAAAUGGAGCCCCCGCCGCCGGCGACCUCCUCCGUUUCCGUUUCCGCCGCCGCCGCCGCCCACGCCCUCUCCUCCCUAUCCUCGCUCUCGAUGGCCGCCACCGGAUCCGCCCUCUCGCCGGCCACGCCCCCGCCCUCCCUGAACCACUCACACCAGCAGCAGCAAUCGCAGCACCAGCACCAACAGCAGCAGCAGCACUACGCCCUCAAGUGGAACGACUUCCAGAGCUCGAUCCUCAGCUCCUUCCGGCAUCUGCGCGACGAGGAGGACUUCGUGGACGUGACGCUGGCCUGCGACGAGCGCUCCUUCACCGCCCACAAGGUGGUUCUCAGCGCCUGCAGCCCCUACUUCCGCCGGCUGCUCAAGGCCAAUCCCUGCGAGCACCCGAUCGUCAUCCUGCGCGAUGUGCGCUGCGACGACGUUGAGAAUCUGCUGAGCUUUAUGUACAAUGGUGAGGUGAAUGUGAGCCACGAACAGUUGCCCGACUUCCUGAAGACCGCUCACCUGCUGCAGAUUCGUGGUCUGGCGGAUGUCAACGGUGGCUAUCCCUACUCCAAGGCCCUGUCCGCCGCCUUAAGUCACAACAACAGCAGCAGCAGCAGCAGCAGCAACAACAACAACAGCAGCAGCAACAGCCUGAGCAACAAUAAUAACAACAACAACAAUGCCGAGAACAGCAAUCACAACAAGAUUAGCAGCUAUUUGCCACCCAAUCAAACGAGUGCCCCGAGCAACAACAACGGCAGCAGCAGCAACAACCACAGCAGCAGCAACAGCAACAACAGCAGCAGCAGCAACAACAACAACAACAACCUAAGCGGAUCCCUGAACAGCAGCCUGAAUUCACCUUUCAGUGCGCCGCAGAUACCGCCACCGGUUACCGCUUCGAGUGCAGCGGCAGCAGCAGCAGCGGCUGCAUCCCUAACCGCCGCAGUGGCAGCAGCAGCGGCAGCAACAGUCAGCGGCAGCGGCGGUACGAGCGGUACGCCCGCCAUCCAGGAGCUGAAGGCAUCGUCGGCAGCGUCGCCCGUAAGAAACCCGAAUCAAACUCCCAAUCCCGGCAAAGCCAGCAGCAGCAACCACUGGGACAUGGGCGAGAUGGAGGGCAGUCGGAAGAGCCACCUGACGCCGCCGCCACAGAAACGCAUCAAGAGCGCCGACUUGUUCCGGGCCCAGCAUGGCAUCAGUCCGGAGCGAUUGCUGCUCGAUCGCGAGUUUCCCGUGGCGGGACAGCAUCCGCUCACGCGGAACAGAGGCGGUCGGGACACCUCCAAGGACCGGGAGCGCAAUAUGGAGCUGAGGGAGUCGCUACUCGGACAGGCUCUGGAAAACAGCAACGGACAGCAGGCCAAUCAGAAACACGAUCUCGGCCAGAGCGCGGGUGAGGAUUCGAACAGCAGUGAUACGGAACCCUCGGAUCGAGGUGAUGGUCAGCACGAUGGAACCCUCGACGGCAUCGACAAUCAGCGCUCGCACUCGUUCCCCAAUGCAUUCCUUGGCCUGCAGGGCAUUCCCGGUCUUCUGCCCGGACCCUCCGGCAUCAACAGUGAUUUCGGCACAUUCCUGAACGCCAAGAGUGCCAUCAAGCAGGAGGUUCUGGAGCCGGAUGUGGAGGAGGAUCUUCUCCAGCAGCAGCAGCCACAUGAAGCCCAUGCUGCCGACCGUCGUCCUGCGGCCUGCAAGUUGGCCAAACUGAUGCAACAGCAGCAGCAGCAGCGGCACUUGUUCGACCAGCGACGCAGCCACCACCAGCCGCACCACCACCACCAGCCACAUCAUCGCCACCACCACCACCACCACCACCAAAACCAUCAGCAUCGUAUUAAUAAUAACAAUAAUAAUAAUACCAAGAAGAACCGCUCGGCCAACUCAUCGCCCACGCCGUCGGCUCGGUCCUGGAACGACAGCGAGGAGGAUCAGGACAUGCAGGACUGCAGCAGCGGCAACCACAACCAGCAGCAGCAGCAACAACAGGCGCUACAGCAGCAGCAACAGCAGCAGCAUCAGCAGCAGCAGCAGCACAACAGCAACGAGGACGAGGACGAUCGCUCCUCCUCCGCCUCCUCGGCCAUUUCGCUGACCAUGAAGAGAACGCGCCAGGAUAGCGAGUCCACGCUCUACCAAACGCUGCUCAUGAAGCAGGAGCAACACCAACAGCAGCAGCAGCAGCAGCACCAGCAGCAACACAAGCAACACCAGCAACAGCAGCAGUACCUGGAUGAGCUGCAACAGUCGCACCAGCAGCAGCUGACGGCCAAUCUCUUUAUGGCCAGGACCAUUGCGCUGAGCAGGUCGCGCGAUUUCCCGGAACUCUUUCAGAACACCAUUGCUGCGGCGGCUGCCUCGGCCAGCAGUCCGGGCAACAAUGCGAGCGGACCAGGUGGCCAGGUGGCGGGACCAGGACAAGGACCUGGAGCAGUCGUUGCCGCCCCAGUGACUGUGGGCGGCAGCGGCAGCGGAGGAGCGGCCACUUCGGCCGGCAGCAGCAACUACAUGCUGCCCUGUCCGCUGUGCGAAACGCCGCUGGAGCAGCGCGUCUUCCGCCAGCACCUGGACCGCCACUAUCCGCGCGACAGUCCCGUCUGUCCGGUGAUCGAGUGCGGUCGCCGCUUUGCGCACCCCAACUCCGUGCGGAACCACAUGCGCAUCAAGCAUACCCUGCAGUGGGCCAAGAUGAAGGCCAUGCGCUCCUCGGGCGGCCCCUUCGCCGGCGGUCCCGACUUCAAAUGAAACUGCGAGGCCGUCGGCUAAACGCUACUCCGCGCGUAGUCAGUCCCGCUAAAAGCUUUCUACGUUGCUGCUUCUCAGUCAGUCAAUGGCGACAAUAAAUCGAAUCUAACUCGCAAUCCCAGAGUCCCAAAGGAAUCACCCUGUCUCGCGACACUCGCAUCUAUCGUAGAUAGCCAAAAGUAGUCCAAGUCCCAGUCGGAGUCCACUAUAACUAAAGCUGUAACUGGAACUCGAACUGUAACUCUAACUCUAACUGUAACUGUAACUAUAAGCGCACGAGAGAUCCUUGCCUGUGGGCCAACAACUGCAUCGCUUACUGCCCGCCAGUUAGCCAAGGAAGCUUCCCCAAAUGAUCGUUUUCUUAACUGAAACAACUAUUUUUAACAGUCUUUGUCAGGUUUCAGUCAAAGGGGAUGCGCUGAUACAGAUUCAAAAACUAAUAAAAGGACUUACUUGGGUUCAUUAUAGGUUUUCUAGGCUUUCCAAGAACUUAAGGGCUUAUUCAUAUAUUUACUGGUGCUUUUCCAUAAAAUAUCCCUAAACUUCAUUAAAGCCAUUAUAAUUAUAUCUAAAUUUUUGGUUAUUUAGUUUUCCAAUACAAAUUAUUGUUCUUAUUCAAUAACAGUUUUCAGUCAGCAGGAAUUUGUUGAGCAUCCAGAUGCAGUAAAGCUUUUAAAAUCCAUCAUGGAUUCACUUCCUUUCUCAAAGGUUUUAUUGAUAUCUGUACUGUUUCUUUAUCUUAACAAGUUAACCAAACCCUUAUUAUUAUUUCUUAGUUCGGAUAUAAACCUAAACUCAGUUAGGACUUACUUGAAUCUAGCUUGUUUGUUUUUUUUUAUUUCCUACUCAAGAAACCUAAUGCAAAUAUUCUUUGACAACUCAUAAGAUUAUUUAAAUUUUUACUUUUAUUUCCUUUAUUUCUCAACGAUUCCUAAAUAGUGCAGUUUAUUGAUACCAUUAAUAUUAUUUCUAAAUUCAGAUAAACAUUUUGUGUAUUUAUUUUUUCCAUGAAACCAACUAACAACAAGUGCUAAAAUUUUAGCUAAGAAAUGAUGUUGAAAACAUUGAGUGAGGAGGAGCUUCUUAGCUGGCGGCGGUAGAUAAAACGCUUUGGGUUAGGAUUACUUACAACAAUUAAUACGUUCCUAUAUGCGAUAAAGUAUAUUACAUAUGCAGACACCUACAGCUCUGAUAUGUUUAGCUAAGGCAAAAUCAAAUCUCAAACUUUAAAUUCCUUUACAUUAGCUGAGAGAGAGAUACGAAGAAUCUGUGGGACUCGGCUCCAGAAACGCUCCAGUAAAGCAUGUGCAGUAUUAAAGUGAAAAAGCAACCGAAACCAAAACCAAAACCAAAACCGAAAAACUACUCACAAGAAGAAUAAUAACAUUAAUUCAUAGAGUUACAUAAGCAAAAUACGUACGAUUAAGCCAUAGAGGGUGAGAUAACUAUGUAGAUAAAGAGCUAAAACAAGCAAACAAGCAAACAAAGAAUAUAGAAAUAUAUAAAGUAGUUAUUAUGAAUAUUGAUACUGAAACAAAAUAGAAUGUGCCUGCGUAAUAUAUUUUUAGCCAAAACAAAAAAAAAAACGAAAGAAAAUUAAACGUGAAAACUGAAAAAAGAAAACUAAAAACACAAGUAAACUAAAGUUGAGCAUUAAAAAGAGAUACCAAAAACUGAAAACGAUUUGUAUUAGAGAAAGUUGAAAAUUCAAGGAGAUGAUAUAUUUUGUUGAUUACCUUAGGUUGACUAAACUGUAAUUCGAUUCGAUUGGCGGCAUAACACUCCAAGAGCAGACAUACGUAAAAAGGUUCCUAUAAUGUUAAUCAAAACAAAAACACACUAAAAACUAAAACCAAAACUUAAAACCAAAAUCGAAGCUUCAGUGCAAAACUGGCUAAAGAAGGACGAGUAUCGAGGCUGUAUUCGAUAUUGACUAAACAUAAAUUCUAUUUCGAAGCGGACAAUUUUACAAUUGUAGUUUAUAAAGCCUAAAAACAAGAGAAAACAAGCAGUUUGUAUGCCAUUUUAGUUUGCAAAAUUGUCUGAGGGGCAAAAACAAAUGUAUCUAGAACGACGAGUAUCUUGUAUCUGUGUUGCCUGCGGGAAUGCAAAUCUAUUUUGGUGAACAAUAAAGAGCAAACGAAGACGA